AAAUAGAUCUGCUUCUUCUGUGGCCUUUUGAAACUCAACUGGUUUGUACCGUGGACCUGUCUUCUCUGAAGUACCAGCAAAGGCCUUGUUGGGUUUGAACCUUUCUGUCUUCAAGAUCUUAUCUAACUGCUCGUCAGCACCUCCAUACAUAUCAGCAUCAACUUCUUUCUUUGAUCGAUACAAUGUUGAAAGUGUAGGCUAAGCUGUAAAUAGCCUCUUGUCAUACGCAUUUUCCUUUCUCUUCUUUGAACAACCUUUGAUGAUACACAACCUCUCCUCCUCUGCCAGCUCAAGUAGAAGUCCUUCCAAGAGCAACCUUCUCACUUCUCACUGAUCGAUCUAAUCUAACGGCUAAGAUCACAAUUACAUCGGUUCUUCACAAGCUCCAGAGGUUCCAUCGUUUUGUAGCAUCGAUUUAGCGUCGGGAGUCCGUCAGCAGCCGGAAAUGACGCGAUUAGUGGUGAUUUUCGAUUUUGAUCGCACCUUAAUCGACGGCGAUAGUGACAGCUGGGUGGUGACCCAGAUGGGUCUUACCCCGUUGUUCAAUCGGCUUCGUUCUACUUUGCCCUGGAACUCCCUCAUGGAUAGGAUGAUGAAGGAGCUCCACUCACAAGGAAGAACAGUUGGCGAUAUCACUGAGUGCCUGAAUCAGACUCCAUUGCAACCGCCAGUUAUUGCAGCCAUAAAAGCAGCCCACGCCCUUGGGUGUGACUUAAGAAUAAUUAGUGAUGCAAAUCAGUUUUUUAUUGAGAAAAUCUUGGAUCAUCACGGAUUGUUGGGAUGCUUCUCCCAGAUCACCACAAAUCCAAGCUUGGAAGAUGGUGAAGGAAGGCUUCGGAUUUUCCCUUAUCAUGAUUUGAGCUCACCUACUCAUGGUUGCAAUUUAUGCCCUUCAAAUUUGUGCAAGGGUUUAGUACUUGAGCAAAUUCAUGCUUCCAUUAGUAGAAAUGAGAGGACAAGAUUUAUCUACCUUGGAGAUGGGAGUGGUGACUUCUGCCCAUCUCUGAAACUUGGAGAAGGUGAUUAUGUGAUGCCAAGAAAGAAAUAUCCCCUAUGGAAUCGCAUUCGCAGCAAUCCAUCUCUUAUCAAGGCAGAAGUUCACGAAUGGAGUAGCGGGGAGGAGCUUGAGAAGAUUCUUCUCCACCUUAUAAACACAAUCUCCAGUAAAGAGAACAUUAGGAGCAGCAAUUCUAAUCAGUUGAAUUCAACAGAAUGCAAGAUUUCCACCCACAAGGCACAGCCUCAAACUCUCUAUGUUCCUCGUUAAUUAGACAAAUAGAAUAGCAGUCAUUAAUAUUGGAAUACAGCGAUUGUGAUGAGUGGUUCUGGCAAAAUCAUUGAUGAUCUGAUUGGAGCAGAUAUCAAUUCUUUAACUUUCAAAAAUCAAUGUGGUCUAUUUUGUUUGCUGUAUUGUGUCGUAUUAUCCUAUUCAUGAUCCAUGGCCCAAUAGAAGGAAAAUAGUCCCACUUCUCUUAA